GGAGUCACCGUCAGGAUGAGCAAAGUCUCACGUGAUACCCUGUACGAAGCUGUCCGAGAGGUCCUUCAGGGAUCCCAACAGAAACCUCGCAAGUUCCUGGAGACUGUGGAGCUACAGAUCAGCCUGAAGAACUAUGACCCUCAAAAGGACAAGCGUUUCUCUGGCACUGUCAGGUUAAAGAGUGCCCCUCGGCCGAAGUUCUCCAUCUGUGUGCUUGGUGACCAGCAGCACUGUGAUGAAGCGAAGGCUGCUGACCUCCCUCACAUGGACAUUGAAGCUCUGAAGAAGCUGAACAAAAAUAAGAAAAUGGUCAAGAAGCUGGCAAAAAAGUACGAUGCCUUCCUUGCCUCCGAGUCCCUUAUUAAACAGAUUCCUCGUAUUCUGGGUCCUGGUCUGAACAAGGCAGGCAAAUUCCCUUCCCUCCUCACUCACAACGAAAACAUGCUCACUAAAGUGGAUGAAGUCAAAUCAACUAUCAAGUUCCAGAUGAAAAAGGUGCUGUGUUUGGCAGUUGCAGUGGGCCACAUUAAAAUGACUGAAGAGGAGCUUGUCUACAACAUUCAUCUAGCAAUCAACUUCCUGGUUUCACUACUGAAAAAGAAUUGGCAGAAUGUGCGUGCCCUCUACAUUAAGAGCAGCAUGGGCAAACCUCAGCGCCUUUACUGAGUGGCUUUUGCUGUAAUAUAUUUUUGAAUAAAAUGUUGUACAGCA